AACUGAUGUUUCCAGCCGUAACAUCACUAUCUCAUGGAAUGAACCUAAUAACACAUACAGUGAAGAAAACUAUGGAUAUGUUAUCCAGCUUAAGAAGGGUGAUACAUGUGCGAAAGAACUUGUAUAUAGAUGUUCUAAUUGUCGAGACACUUUUCAGGUUUCCAAUCUUGAGAACAUGUGUGACAACAGUGAUGUGCGGGAUGUCUUUAACAUGACAGAGGCUGAACUAAGUGGUUUACAGUCAUACCAGUUUAUCAACCUCACACCAGACACAACUUUCACUAUAUCUGGCACAGCAGUUAACAACUUAGGGAGGGGGAAUGUUGCUACAAUUUCAGAAACAACAGCAGAAGAAGCACCACAAACUCCAUACAACGUGGAGGUAAGCGACAUUGGGACCACAUCAUUUACAGUAACUUGGAACAUAGAUGGACCAAGACCUGGAAAGACAAACUUCACAGUAACCUUGAUUGCUGACCGUCCUGCACCAAGAAAAGACUUUACGUUCACAGGUUUUACUACAAGAAGUCAUCGUGCAGAAGGCCUAGAGGAGUACUGGAACUACAGUGUUUCUGUGACAGCCUCUACAUCAGUUGGUGCUAAAGCAUCUGAUCCUACACAGGAAUAUAGGACCCUGCCUGCAGCACCAGGAAAAGUUUCAAAUUUUGAUAUAACAACAGCUCCAGGUGGAAAUUAUACAAGAAUGCAGAUAACUUGGAAUGCACCAACAAUUUUGCUUCAAAAUGGUGUUAUUGAAACAUACAGUUUCUUUUAUUACAUCUCUCCAGAACAGAAGAGUGGAAGUCCAACGAAAACGUUUCAACAUCAGUCUUUAGAAAACCGUAAAUAUGAGGUUUAUGUGGAUGUGGUGCCAGAAGUUUCGUACUCUUUUGAGGUGUAUGCCACAAAUGAGGACAAUAUGACUGGACAAACAUGGAUUAAGACAAUUGAGGCUCCUGCUGGAGUUCCAGAAAACAUAGAGGAUACAAUGCAGACUAAAGUAAUACCUGAGGAGAAAGUGAAGAAUGUACAGCAGACACAGAUAACUGUGACGUUUGUGCAAGAAUUUUUUGAACAGUCUAAAUAUGGUCAGAUACGAGCUACAGGCCUUGUGGCAUGUGUUGAAAACAAAUGCGAAACCACCAGUAUGAUUUUAUUUCUGUUUAUAUAUUAUAUUUCUCUUGAUUAGACCUAAAAUUGUAUCGGUGCGACGUUAAACCCAACAAUAUAAAUAAAUAAAUUCUCUUGAUUAGUGUUAAAACUGUGAUAUAUCUUCCUUAGUCACAUAUAUACAAAAUUAAUGUACUUCUUAUUGGUACACUACUAGUAUCUCUCAUCUAGUAAUUAAAACUUUUAAGAUGACGGAGAAAUAUACUACUCUAACUUGAAGUAAAAGUGUAUAUUUUGUAUAAGAUUUAUAGGUUCAAACCAAUUUGCUCUUAUGUCAAGGCUGUUUGCUAAAUAUUUAAGAUACUUUUUGAUGUUUAGAUCAAGUUUUUUCUACAUUGUAAAAAUUGUUUAUUGUGCCUGUAAAAGAUAUUUUAAGAUCAUGUGCUUGUUUUGGUUAGCGAGACUGAUUAAAAUCAUAUUGAUCACAGUCAAGUGUUCAUGAUGAAAGUUUAUGGGAAAAUCACCGGCUUGAUGACAUUUUUGCAAACAAUCUCUUUAAGAUGUAGAUUUUCUUGAAGCUUCUUACAGUUAGAGAUUUACAAAUCAUUUUUCAUUUGAUUAACGAAAAUAUCUAGUAUAGUAGUCUAUAGGUCAGUGUGCUUUCUCCUAAGAUAUUCACCCGUCAUGAAAGGCAUCAUCAGAUUUCAAGGUGACUGUGAUAUAGAUACGGAGCUGCCACAUUUGAAAUUUUUAUUUCAUAUACACAUACAUAAUCAUUACAAACGUUGCUGGGCAUAUGAGUUAGUACAAAGAUUGUCAUUUAUUCGUGGUUUGAUUUAGUUUUGUCUGUCUGAUAAUUGUUCGCUCUCCUGAGCACUAAGUGCUAAAAGGCAAGCUUUUGUGAUUGCCCUGUGUCCGUCGUCGUCCGUCAGUCGUCCGUCGUCAACAGUUUGACUGUUAACUCUCUAGAGGUCAC